CGUAAUCACAUUUACAUUGAAAACCAAUAUUUUUUUGGAUCAUCAUUCAACUGGUGUUCACAUAAGGACCUCGGUGCUAAUAAUCUAAUCCCUAUGGAAAUCGCACUUAAGAUUGCUAGCAAGAUUAGAGCUAGGGAAAAGUUUGCUGCUUAUAUUGUCAUUCCAAUGUGGCCAGAAGGUGAUCCAACAAAUAUGUUUAUGCAGAGCAUUCUAUACUGGCAGUAUAAAACCAUGCAAAUGAUGUAUCAAACUAUAUACAAGGCACUUGUGGAAGCUGAACUUGAUGGUCAGUAUGAGCCACAAGACUAUUUGAACUUCUUCUGUCUUGGAACCCGAGAGGCUUCUGAUGAAACAGUUAGCAAAUAUAGUUCUCGGAAUCAACCUAAGAAAAUUGCAAAGCCAAAUGCCGCACAGGUGCAAGCUUUGAAGAGUCGAAGAUUCAUGAUAUAUGUGCAUUCCAAAGGUAUGGUAGUGGACGAUGAGUUUGUCUUAAUUGGUUCUGCGAAUAUCAACAAAAGAUCAUUGGAAGGAACUAGAGACACUGAAAUCGCCAUGGGAGGGUAUCAACUACACCAUUCAUGGGCUAAGAAAGGCUCUCGUCCUCGUGGUCAGAUCUAUGGAUACAGAAUGUCGCUGUGGGCAGAGCAUCUAGGGUUUCUGGAGCAGGGUUUCGAGGAGCCAGAGAACAUGGAAUGCGUGAGACGAGUUAGGCAUUUGAGUGAGCUCAACUGGAGACAGUAUGCAGCAGAGGAAGUCACAGUGAUGACAAGUCAUCUUCUAAAGUAUCCAGUUCAAGUCGAUAGAACAGGCAAAGUAAGUUCUCUUCCAGGAUGCAAGACAUUCCCCGAUGUCGGUGGCAAGAUCAUAGGGCAUGUUUUAUGGGCUGGAACGAAACCUCGUCAUCUGGAAGUUACCUUGUAGUGCCAACAUUUGUUCUAUAUUUCUCCCUUUUCAAGAAACCUCUUGAGAGUGAUCUGAAUAAAAAUGUACUUAAAGGGUCGAAUUGUUAUUUUUAAAUCUGUGAGCUGUAAAUUGUAUUCAUUGCAAUGUUAAUAGGUGUUUUGUCCUUUCACGCAUGCCUAAUAAUUUUACAAAAACUUAUAAAUAGAUAUAUUAUCAAUUCAAAAACCAUUAGAAUAAAU